GCAGGAGUUCUCUGAAAAUAACGUUUAUCUUCGGAAGUGUGUUUCAGAUUCGUUUCGUGUGCGUGACGUCUGCUUAUAGACAAAUAAAGAUUUGAAACUUUAUUCCAUAAUAUAAAUUAAUAAAAAUCUUAUUUCAAAAUGACUGCAUUUGAAGAAAUGGGUGUCCUUCCUGAGAUUGCUCAGGCUGUUGAAGAAAUAGAUUGGAAUCUACCUACAGAUGUACAGUCUGAAGCAAUACCAUUGAUUCUUGGAGGUGGUGAUGUUCUUAUGGCAGCCGAAACAGGCAGUGGAAAGACUGGAGCAUUUUGUCUGCCUAUUCUGCAAAUUGUGUGGGAAACAUUAGCUGACCAGCAGAGUGGAAAAGGGAAGAAAGGUGACAAGGGAGGAGGUGGCAGCACUCAACAAAGUAAUAAAUGGCGUAUGAGUUAUUUUGAUAGAGGGAAUGCUCUAGCUGUUAGUCCUGAUGGUAAAACAUGUCAGUCCAGGGAACCCAAAGAAUGGCAUGGCUGUCGAGCAACAAAAGGUGUUCAAGGGCAAGGAAAAUAUUAUUAUGAAGCCAAAGUUACUGAUGAAGGUCUUUGUCGAGUUGGAUGGUCCACACCUGCUGCUUCUCUUGAUCUUGGAACUGACAAACAAGGAUUUGGAUUUGGUGGAACUGGCAAAAAGUCUUUUGGGAAACAGUUUGAUUCUUAUGGAGAACCUUUUGGUAUGCAUGAUGUUAUUGGAUGCUAUUUGAAUCUCGAUGAACGAAGUAUUAAAUUUUCAAAAAAUGGUGUUGACUUUGGAGAAGCAUUUAAAAUACCUGAUAAUCUACGGAAGUCUGCCUUUUUCCCAGCUGUGGUUUUAAAAAAUGCAGAAAUGGAAUUCAACUUUGGUGAAACAACUUUUCGAUAUCCUCCUGAGGCUGGUUAUGUUGCAGUUUGUUCAGCACCUAAAGAGUGUCUAGUGAAUAAUACUAUCACUGGUGAAUCAUCAGGGCCUGUGAAACCUGUAAAAAAUGCUCCUCAAGCUAUCAUUAUUGAGCCUUCAAGAGAAUUGGCUGAACAAACCUUGAAAUGCAUACAGAAUUUCAAAAAAUAUCUUAAAGAUCCAAAAGUUAGAGAGUUGUUAAUUAUUGGUGGUGUAGCAGCUAAAGAACAGAUAAUGGAACUUCAGAGUGGAAUUGAUAUAGUUGUUGGAACACCAGGUAGAUUAGAAGAUCUUAUUUCUACUGGGCAAUUGUCUUUGUCACAAGUUCGCUUCUUUGUUCUGGAUGAAGCUGAUGGUUUGUUGCAAGCAGGUUAUGGUGAUUUAAUCAACCGAAUGCAUGGUCAGAUCCCAAAGAUAACACCAGAUGGAAAGAGAUUACAAAUGGUUGUUUGUUCUGCAACACUUCAUUCAUUUGAUGUGAAAAAACUUGCGGAACGAUUAAUGCAUUUUCCAACUUGGGUAGAUUUGAAAGGAGAGGACAGUGUUCCAGAAACUGUACAUCAUGUUGUAUGCACGGUAGAUCCUAGAAAGGACUUAUCUUGGAGAAAUCUGAAAAGACCUAUUAAGACUGAUGAAGUCCAUUCAAGAGAUAAUGUAAGAUUUGGAAGCAACACUCCAGAAUCUCUUUCGGAAGCUGUAAAACUAUUGAAAGGCGAAUAUGUUAUAACUGCCAUCAAUGAGCACAAAAUGGAUAAAGGCAUCAUAUUCUGUCGAACGAAGAUUGAUUGUGAUAAUAUGGAAAAUCAUUUGAAUGCUCUUGGAGGAGGUCCUCGCAAUAGAAAUAAUCCCUAUUCCUGUGUAUGUUUACAUGGAGAUCGAAAACCUGCUGAACGGAAAGAAAAUUUAGAAAAAUUUAAGAGAGGAGAUGUGAAAUUUUUGAUAUGUACUGAUGUGGCUGCAAGAGGUAUUGAUGUAUCUGGUGUGCCUUAUGUUAUUAAUGUAACUUUGCCAGAUGAGAAAAAUAAUUAUGUCCAUCGAAUUGGAAGAGUGGGUCGAGCUGAAAGAAUGGGUUUAGCUAUUUCACUUGUGUCUGCAGUACCUGAAAAGGUUUGGUAUCAUUCUAAUUGUUCAAAUAGAGGUAAAAAUUGUUGGAAUACAAAUCUGGUUGAGAAAGGUGGUUGCUGCAUUUGGUAUAAUGAACCUCAAUAUCUAGCAGAUAUUGAGGAGCAUUUGAAUUGCACCAUUCAGCAAGUUGACCCAGAUAUCAAAGUUCCAUGUGAUGAAUUUGAUGGAAAAGUUGUGUAUGGUCAGAAGAGAGCUCAAAUGGGUAGCAACUAUGAAACUCAUACAGCUCAGAUGGCCCCCACUGUUGAGAUGUUAUCUAAAUUGGAAGUGGUUGCCCAAGAAUUCUUCAUUAAACGGUACUGCAAAAAAGAUCAGACUUUUCUUAAGUAAAAUUACCUUAGGUAUGAUAAUGUGAGCCAAAAAUGUGCUUGCUUGAAUUCAGUUUGUGUCAAUAUAUAUGAAAGUAUUUUCCCUCUGUAUCAGGGGUAUUGUUUAAUAAAAGAUUUUGCUUCUCUUGCA